UGGAGGCACCGGGGUAUCAGCAGCGAAGGGGCACCGGGGACACCAGCACCGGGGAUACCAGCACUGACGGGACACCGGGGAUGGAGGCACCUGGGAUAACGGCAUCAAAGGGAAACCAGGGAUGGGAGCACCGGGGAAUGCCAGCAGCGGGGUUACCGGCACCGGGGAUACCGGUACCGAGAGGGCACCGGGGAGACGGGCACCGGGAAUGACGGGCACCGGGAAUAGCGGCCCCGGCCCCUUGUUGCCGCCCCUGCCCGUCCCGGUUCCGACACUGGGGCCUCCCUCCCCCCCGCCCCCCCCCGCCGGCGGCGGCCCCAGGAGCCCCCCGGGGGGGGGGAGGGGCGGGGGGCGCCCGUGCUAUUUUUAGCCGGGGCCGCGCGGGUAUUUUUAGCGCGGGCGCCGCGGUUGCGUCAAUGGAACCCCGCGUGCGUCACGGCCGCGCCCCCGCCGGAACCGCCCCCCCCCGCGCCUUCUACGGCGCCUCCGUGCGUCACGGGCCCGCGCGCCGCCCCGCGCGUCACCGAGCGCUUAAGAGAAAGUAGUGGCGGGGCCGGAGCCCGGCGGAGCCCGCGAGCGGCGGCGGAACGGGAACCGGAGCAUCGCCGCGCCGGCACCCGGAGAUGCCCUGCAUCCAGGCGCAGUACGGCACGGCGGGCGCCGGCCCCUGCGAGCGCUGCUCGCCCGAGCUGCUCAACCCCGAAGGCGGCCGCUUCCCCAUGGAGGUGGCCGGAGCGGACUUGGCGGCCGCCCCCUCCUUGCCCAGCUUCAGCACCUUCAUGGAGGGCUACGCUGGCGAGUUCGACGCCUUCCUCUACCAGCUGCCGGCCGGCAGCCAGCCCACCGCCACCUUCAAGCUGGAGGAUUUCCAGGUGUACGGCUGCUACCCCGGCGCCUUCGGCGGGCAGCUGGAUGAGACCCUCUCCUCCAGCGGCUCGGACUGUUACGGCAGCCCCUGCUCCGUCCCCUCGCCCGCCACGCCGGGCUUCCAGCCGCCCCAGGCUCCGGGCUGGGAGGGCUCUUUUGGGGCGUACUCACCCCCGCCGAACUACGAGGGCGGGCGGCCCUGGGCUGAGCCAGCUAAGGGCGGUGGGGCUCAGCCCCCCUUCUUCGCCUUCGGCCCCCCAGCACACAGCCCCGGCGCGUCCCCCGGGACCCUGAAGGGACAGCCAGGCCCCUCGCCCCGCCUGGACCCGCGGCUGCUGGACACGGACGCCUUUGCCCUGGCCCAGGGCUCCCCCGGGGGCUUUGCCGGGCUGCCCCUGGCCCCCACCUCGCCGCUGCUGGAGGGGCCGGCGCUGACCCCCGCCAAGGCGCGCAGCCCCGGGGUGGGCGAGGGCCGCUGCGCUGUCUGUGGGGACAACGCUUCCUGCCAGCACUACGGCGUGCGCACCUGCGAGGGCUGCAAGGGCUUCUUCAAGCGCACGGUGCAGAAGAACGCCAAGUACAUCUGCCUGGCCAACAAGGACUGCCCCGUGGACAAGCGGCGGAGGAACCGCUGCCAGUUCUGCCGCUUCCAGAAGUGCCUGGCCGUCGGCAUGGUCAAAGAAGUGGUCCGGACCGACAGCCUGAAGGGGCGGCGGGGCCGGCUGCCCUCCAAGCCCAAGCAGCCGCCGGACACGUCCCCCGUCAGCCUCAUCACCUCCCUGGUGCGAGCGCACAUCGACUCCAUUCCCAGCGCCACCAAGCUCGACUACUCCAAGUUCCAGGAGUCGGCGCCGUGCCAGUUUGAGAAGGAGGACUCGGUGGACGUGCAGCAGUUUUACGACCUGCUCACCGGCUCCAUGGACGUCAUCCGCAAGUGGGCUGAGAAAAUCCAGGGCUUCGCCGAGCUGCCCAAGGAGGACCAGGACCUGCUGCUGGAGUCGGCCUUCCUCGAGCUUUUCAUCCUGCGCCUGGCAUACCGCUCCAAGCCGGAGGAAGGGAAACUCAUCUUUUGCAAUGGGGUGGUGCUGCACCGCUUGCAGUGCGUGCGGGGCUUUGGCGAGUGGAUCGACGCCAUCCUCGAGUUCUCCCAGAGCCUGCACCGCAUGAGCGUCGACGUCCCCUCCUUCUCCUGCCUCGCCGCCCUCGUCAUCAUCACAGACCGCCACGGGCUGAAGGAGCCCAAGCGGGUGGAGGAGCUGCAGAACCGCAUCGUGGGCUGCCUGAAGGACCAUGUGGCAGCGGCGGGGGCCGAGCCGGGCCGCCCCGGCUGCCUCUCCAAGCUGCUGGGCAAACUGCCCGAGCUGCGCAGCCUCUGCACCCAGGGCCUCCAGCGCAUCUUCUACCUGAAGCUGGAGGACCUGGUGCCGCCCCCCCCCAUCGUCGACAAGAUCUUCAUGGACACGCUGCCCUUCUGAGCAUCCCCCCCUUGGAGGCGGGGGGGGGGGGGGGGGGCAGGGCUGCCACCACCCCUGGGGACGCCUUGAAUCACCCCUCCUCCUCUCGCCGGGAUGCCUCGGUCCCCUUGGGGACACCCGGGUCCCCCUCCCCCACGUGCCUUCACGGCACCGGGCACAGCAGCCUCGGUGCCAUUUCCCCCUGGGGGGGGCCGUCGCCGGCGCGAUGCUCCCCUUCUCCCCUGUAAAAAUGCCCCCGUUGUAAAUAGCGAGCGGCCAGGUCCUGUACAGAGUGGGGAGCGUGGGGGCAGGAGGGGGGGCUCCGUGCCCCCCAGCCUCCUCCUCCCCCUUCCCUUUAUAUUAUUAUUUUUUUUUUCCCUCUUUUGGCCAUUUUCUGUAUAUAAACUUGUACGUACACUCAGAGCUGUUGAAA